UCUCGUAACUUCCAUCAUCUUUCUAUCAUUUCUCUUCAUUCGCAGUGUGCUUUUCUUUGACUGCUCAUCACAAAUUCAACGCUCUACUUUGAGAAGAGCGAAGCUGAACUCCAAACACCACCACCACCCCAACAAAACUACAAAGCAGAACUAGCCUUGCUCUUUCUGCCAAACAACUUGCUGCGUUUCAACAAGAUCCAAAUUCAUUUCUGUCUUAGCGAUUUGGUCAGGUUAAAAUCCAGAGAGCACGCUCAGAUUUCUCCAUGGGUAAAGCUCCGGCAUUGUUCGUUGAUGACACGCUGAGCGGACAUCCUAAUGCCUUUGAUCUCGAAAAUGGUACUCGCAGAACAAAAACUAUAGUUGGCGAUAGAACGUACGUCAUUCGUGAAGCUGAGGAUGAGAGUUUGUGCAUUGAAGUUCAAAUUUUUGACCCAAGUCUUAGAGAAUGGGUUUAUCCCACUAUUCUGGGCACCAAACCUGUGUCAUCUCAAGGCCAUUCAGCUGUGCUUUUGAAAGACCGAAUACUGAUUAUUAAAAGGGGUUCUGAGCCAGACGAUCACACUUGGUUUCUAGAGGUAGACACCCAAUAUGUUCGGCAGCAGAGAGAAAUUCUGAAGACUGAGGUGGUUGCGUGGAGUAAAGGUGUGAUAGGCAAUCCCCCAAAACCUGUCGUUAUUACUGGUCCUUCUGGAGUGGGAAAGGGAACAUUGAUAUCAAUGCUCGUGAAGGAAUUCCCAUCCAUGUUCGGUUUUUCGGUGAGCCACACCACGCGGCCCCCAAGAGGCAUGGAGAAAGACGGGGUCCAUUACCACUUUACUGAAAAGAGUGCGAUGGAGAAAGCGAUCAAAGAUGGCAAGUUUCUUGAGUUUGCUUCUGUUCACGGCAAUCUCUAUGGGACCAGUGUUGAGGCUGUUGAACUCGUGGCAGAUUCAGGAAAAAGAUGUAUUCUUGAUAUUGAUGUUCAAGGGGCAAGAUCCGUGAGGGCUAGUUCCCUUGAGGCCAUAUUCAUCUUUAUUUGUCCCCCGUCGAUGGAAGACUUGCAGAAACGCCUUCGUGACAGGGGAACAGAGACAGAAGAACAGAUCGUGAAGCGACUACGAAAUGCUGAGGCAGAGAUUGAGCAAGGAAGGUCAACGGGUCUAUUUGAUUUCUUCUUGUAUAAUGGCAAUCUUGGGGAGUGUUAUGGGAAACUUAAGAAACUAUUGGGACUAGAUGCCUCUCUCUCUGCUCAGUCAAAGCCAGCACCCGGAGAAAUAAAUCUACCGACAAAUCAUUCGGUGACAAAUUUUGACGACAAAAUCAUCAUAAACUCCCUUUGUACAGGGCGAGAAAAGGAACCAAAGAGGUUGAUCAUGUUAGAUGUUUCCUCACUCAAGGGAGGUGCACCUGGACGCACGAGGGGGCUAAGUUUCCGUGUUAUAGACCCGCAUUCAGGUGGUUUGAGUGGAAGGGAUCAGCUGAGCUAACAUUUGACGAACCUGACCCUGUUCUCACUACCUUGGUUCCUUCCUUCAUAUAUUAAUUUGAUUUGAUUCAACGGGACGCAUGAUAAGGCUCUGGAGUCGGUCCAAUUUGUUUCUUUCUUUUUUAGUAACGACCCGUCAUUGUUUAGGCCACGGACCUGAAUGCGGGCACAUUUAUUAUUUUUCCUACAUGGGCAGCGACGGACGAUUUGUUAUUUGCGACUAUUGGUGUAUUGUUAUUGGCGAUGAUGGCGUAAUACGAGUGUAAUGUGUGGAUUCGUACAUGUAUAUUUUACCUGGUGAGGUGAAUAAGCGAAGAAUUGAAAAAUCCAUGUAAAAAAAGAAAAUCACAUUUUCCUUUUUC